ACCAUCCAGGGCGACGGCUCGGUGGAGGUUUUCUUGGAGUACCUCGGGAAACGCUUUCCCGAGAUUGAAGUAUUAGAGGUACCAGCGCUCCUGGAGACGUUCGUGAAGCCAGCAUGCACCCGGCACGAGUUUGAGGAGAUCCGCGAUUUCAACAAUCGCUUCAACAGCAAUGCGAAGAGGCUGAGAGCUAAGGACAUACAGGUGCCCGACGAGGUCUUGGCCGACCUGCGCAUCAAGGGCGCCCGCCUGCCACCAGAGCGUGCAGCGAGUGUGCUCAACGGCGUGGGCAACAAGUUCAAUCCGACGAAGAUCCAAGCAUCGGGCGGCUACGGAGGUCACAAGAAGGGCCACAAGAAGGUGUACGCCACAGAGGCCUAUGACGAGGCCGAGAACGACGGCGCGUCCACCGACAGCUCCGAGGGCUACGACGACGAUUUGCCGGACGAGCUGCAGAUGGUGCGCGCCGAGGACAAGCUGAAGGAGGCCAAGCAGGCGCGCGGCUACUUCGCCAAGCGAGACGGCGGGCAUCCGCCGAAGAAGGACGAUGCCAAGAUCGCCAAGAUGAAGGCGAGGACGCACCGUGGAGCUUGCGGCCAGAAUGGCCACUGGCGCGGCGACCCGCAGUGCUCCAAGCAGAACGACCCCAACGCGAGGGCCGACAUCCCGCGAAAGGGAAGUCACAAGACGAACGUGACUGCGAACGACGGGGCCGGCGACGCGCAGGAGCCCCACGCCGCGGAGAUGACGGUCGCGGCGGUCCACCAGCACGAGCAGCCGAGAGCGGCGCGAGAUCGGAGGAAGGUCACCUUCGGCAACGCGCUGCGCAGCAGACCCGAGGAGGUGACGGCAGCCUCGUUCUACAUCAACAAGGACAACCGGUGCCACGUGGCCGCGAUGGGUUCGGCGCUCAUCUACAUCAGCGUCGAAGACCGACUCAAGGAGUCGGGCGGCAAGCUGACUUUCGACGCUGCCUGCUCGCGGUGCGUCGGCGGCCUGGACUGGUACAACGACAUCAAGAAGAAGCUGGCGGCCUUCAACAUCCAGCCGAUCGAGUGCCCUACCCGGAGAAGGAGCCGUUCCGCUUCGGAGCGUCCUAAGGUGGUGUGCAGCCUCAAGGCGGCGCUGAUUCCCUGCUCAGUGAAUGGCAAGGCCUUCGCCGUGCGCAUGAGCAUCGCGCGCAGCGCCGUGCCGGGGCUGUUCAGCCGCCAGGCCCAGAGCGAAUUGGACGUCGUCUACCACGCGGGGGGCAACAAGCUGGACAUCAAGUCCGUCAACGAGCACGGCAUCCAGAUGGGUUUGAGCCGCGCAGGACACCCGACGCGCGAGAUCACAGGCUUCGCGCCAAGCUACAAGCCCGUGUCGGACGUCUCGGACACCAAGACCGAGGUCCGGCUGCACCCUUUUUCGAUUUGCCACGCUGAGACAGCCGUGGCCAGCGCCGCCAAGCCGGCAGCGCCCGAGUGCUGCGCCCGAGGGGUCGCCUUGGAGGCCGACGAGUCUCAGUCGGGGACUGGCUGUGACGAGCUCGACAGCGCUGAACUGUUCGAGCAGCAGGUGCGCCAG